AUGAGCAUCCGUAACAAUUACAACAGCUACAUGAGGCCCGACUCCCAGUAUGCAAGCCAAUAUUACAUGCAACCAUUUCAAGUUAACGGGAGAGUACCAUUGACAAGCAGAACGAACGUGGUUAGCAGCCAGCAGAAACUCUCAGAUUUUAAAGCUAAAGGAAAGCUCUCCCGGUCACCUGUAAUCGUUACCAAUUCUUAUAUGAUGAUGAACUCGAAGACUAGUGCACAAACAGCGCAGCACAAGCAAAACAGCCAUCACUACAACCACACGCGGACGCAGGUCGUAGAAAUACCAACCGUUAAUAAUAUUGCCCUUCAGGCUCAAGAUAUGAGACCACUGAGGUCCAAGUACAUGACGAAUCCAAUCAAGCCUGAAUCGACAAAAUCUUUGAAAAACCCUAUAAUCAAUGCCCCGAAAAAGAAGGCCCCGGAAACUUACUACAAAUUAUCGGUACCCUUGCUAAAUAUUGAGCAAGAUACUCCAGGAAGUAAUACCCAAAGGUUAGCCGCAAUCAUAAGGCAAAAACGUGCUGUCUACCACAAGAUCCAACCGAUCAAACUAGGCUGCAAAGAUGAAUAUUCAGUAACGUCAUUAGAACAGUUAGCUGGGGUCCUUGAAAGAUACCAGUUCGAAAAGCCGCGAACGAAGAGAAGAUCAUUGGCGUCUUCUAACUACACAUCGACCUUGCGUGACAGAGUCGAACACUUGAUCGUACAAGAGAACGCGAAUGACAGCAUCGAGUUGAGUUUCGAUGGCAAGGCGAUAAACAAAAGCGAUUUCUUACGUAUGAUGGAUUCAUUCUCAUUGGCCUUAGACGAUGAGAAAAAUGACAAUGAACAAUAUGUUUUCCAAACAGGAAAUAUCUUACCAAGGGACAUAACUAGUGGAGUUUAUUAA